CGCCUGUACAAGGACCAGGGUGGACCUAAGACCAAGGUGCAUCAUUGCGAUCGCAGAACUCAUUGCAAUUUGCAUUCAAAGUGGCGCCCUUUGUGACGCUCAUCAAAGGAGAUCUGUCUUUCUAUGUCAACAGCUGAGACGACGGCUAAGGCGGUAGUGGAAGGAGCUUACUGAUCAUCCAGAAUUUGGAGCUGCCAGAUUGUGUCAUUCCGCUUUGCAGGCAUGUUUGAUCUUUGACUCGCGUGCUGGUGGAGGCGCUAGACUAUGUUUCGUUUACUCACUACUUCUGCAUUGGGUUUGAUAUCUGACAUCAAGCUUUGAUUUUGUCCGGAGAGACUCGCCCUUCCACCCCAUUUCAGCAAAUGCAGCUCCUGUGAAAAUCGAGUGUUGAUUGUUUGGAAAAUCCAGGUCUGUAAAGGCAUAAGCUGUGGACAGCAUCUUGCAAGAUGGCGCUGCUCAAAGCAAAGGAGCCAUCGAAAGAUGCAAAACUGGUGGCUGAUGUUGGGGCCUGGCUCAGCAAUGUCGCUACGUCGGUGAUGAUCAUCAUGGUCAACAAGCAAUUGAUGUCAGUUUAUGGCUUUGGCUUCGCAACAACUCUUACGGGCCUGCACUUCCUGAUAACCAGUUUUGCGGCCGCCAUGCUCUUCUGGACUGGCGUGCUUCAAAGGACGCAUCUGCCGCUGCGCGACCUUUUGUAUUUUGCCCUUGCCUCAAAUUUCUCUAUAGUAGGAAUGAACGUCAGCCUCAUGUGGAACUCGGUUGGAUUCUACCAGAUUGCCAAGCUCGCCAUCAUCCCAACGACGUGCGCGCUCGAGACGGUUCUGGACAAGGCGGUCUUUAGCCGCAGCACCAAGCUGAGUAUCUUGGUAGUGCUCGUCGGCGUCGGUAUAUGCACCGUCACGGAAGUCAAGGUCAACUUCCGGGGCUUCAUUGCGGCCAUCAUUGCGACCCUUGCCACAUCGCUCCAAAACUAUUACAUUCACGCGCUGCAGAAGAAGCACAACCUGGGCUCCUUCGACUUGCUGGGCCACCUGGCGCCCGUCCAGGCCGCGAGCCUGCUCCUCCUCGGCCCCUUCGUGGACUUCUUCCUGACGGGGCGGGCGAUCAACAAGUACGAGUACAGCGUGCCAUCCGUGACUUGCAUUGUUUUGUCGUGUUGCAUCGCCGUGGGCACGAACGCGAGCUCGUUCAUCAUCAUCGGUCGGUUCACCGCGGUGGGCUAUCAGGUUCUGGGUCACAUGAAGACGAUCUUUAUUCUUGUCAUCGGUUUCUAUAUGUUCGGAGCUGACGAGUAUAACUGGCGGCAUUACAUUGGGGGCGCAGUAGCAAUAGCAGGCAUGGUGUGGUAUGGGUUCAUAUCGUCGAGGCCUGAUUCGAAGGCAAUCCUUCCACCACCGCCCAAGGCAGGGCCACCGGAACUGCCACAGCCGCAGGUCAACUUUGACCCGUUGCCAGUCGCAGACGAAUUGGACGCUAGUAAGGAACAGGGAGUGUAGGUCACAGGUCACAGUGAGGAGAGUAUAAGUAUUGAACGGAUAUUUGUAACAUAUGUGGACCGCUCCAAUCAAUUCUGAAGGUUAAAGUUGUAUAGUGGAUGAUGAUAGUUGAAAGCGGUGCAGCGCACGCCACCAGCUAUUACCGGAUGCAGCAAUUCAAUCAAGCCUUGUCAAC